CGGAAGGUUGUGUCGUUGUCGGAGCGGAUGUUUUUCGUUGAAUAAGAAUACCUUUCGCAAGCCUGAUAUAUACAUAACUAAGAAGUUAGAACUGUGAUUAAUUCCGCAACACUCAUGCAACAAUUGUAAAUGUGAAGUAGAUCUAUUUGCCGCGACGCGCAUAGAAGUAAUUUAUAAAACACUUGAAAAUUUUCGCUGUGCUCUGCGGGCCGUGGGCGCUGUUUGCUGGACUUUCGUUUAAACGACUUGGAAGAAAACUGUGCGAAACAAAGAAGCGUGCCAAUCAGUGAGAAUUGAAAACUGCAAAGCCAUUGGAAAACAUUAAGUUCAAGUUUUAGCUGUAAAAAAUGUCUGAGCCAUGUAGAGGAACUGCAAUGCUGCGUGUGUGUGCGUCUGUGUGCCAAGAGUUUGUGCGUGUGUGUUUUGAGUAAAAUAAAUUUGGUUUUUUUUAUUUGAAGAAAACAAUUAGCGUAAUUGAGAGCAAGACAUAACAGUUAUUGAAUUAAUAAGUGUGAAUAAAAAGAAAUAUAUAACAUUGUCUCAAUAUCUGUGGAAAAAUAUCUAAACCCAAUUACUCAGUUUACUCUCUCGACAGUGGCAGUCGCAGCAGCAGCAGCAGCCCCAACAAAGUACAACUACAACUCUCACCCAGUGUUGCUGGUGGUGGGAGACGCACACACACACACACGCACACAUACGUAUACGUGCGCUCUCAUGCACAUAUACAACAACAAAGAGUAGUGUCAAGCCUUAACAACUCUCAGCGCUUUGGAUUCUGCUCUUGCGCAGUUCGGAGGCAGCGAAUUCGCUGUUUGGAAACACCUUGCUCCAAUAUUUCUGCUGCUGCGGGCUUGUGGAGCCAACAGUCUCAGUCUCGGUCUCGGUCUCGGUUUCGAUUCGUGCGCAAAUUUCGUCUGAAAAAUCAUAGCAACAAGGCAACAAUAGCAGAAGCAGAAGCAGAAGCAAAAGAAAGAAAAAACCACAAAAACUUAAGAAUUUUCCAAUGCUUCUAAGCAACGCUUUGCACGCGAUUCCCUUUAAUUUGGAUACUGCUGGUGUUGUUGUCAGCGCUGACGCGGCCGUUGCAUCGAGAGUAGCACCAACAGCUUCAACAUUGUCGCUGUGUCGUCGUUGCAGCAUCGCUGGCCCGUUGGACUCGCCAUGUACUACAACAACAACAAUAACAACAACAACGACACCGACAUAGAACAGCAUACGACGCAACAGCAGCCCGGAGAACCAAAAGAAGAACAAAUGCAGCAAGCAACAACAAUACAAGCAACCACAACCACAACCGCAGCCAGGACGUGGACACUGAGCAGCAGCAGCAGUAGCAGAAGCACAGGAAGAGCCACGUCCACGUCCAAGACGAGAGCAAGCAGCACGUCGUUAAUCUAUUUACCUCCUUUCUGCUAUCCAUGUGGACAUGUGCCUGAGGUUAGCGUCGAGGCGUCAAGCCAAAUGCACAACGGCAACAACAACAACAACAACAACAACAACAACAACAGUGACAGCUGCUGCUGGCAACGCCACCGGACCUUGCUGCAUGAGAAUUAUGAUAAACAUGCCACAGCGUCUACGUCGACGUCGACAGAAUUCCUGCUGCAGCGAGAUAUGCUGUCGAGUCCGAGGGCAGAGCAUAGCUGCAUUGAUCUCAGACUGGCGACGCAAUUAGUUAUGCCAAUUGUUGUAGGUGGCAAUGGAGAUGCCAUCAGCAGCAACGUCUCGGAAUGUCGCCGACAGCGACGUGAGCGAAUGCGGCGCGAGCGACAAAGUCAGCAAGCGACCAAUGCAACAAACAGAACAACAAAUGUUUCGCAAACAACGACAACAGCAACAGCAACAGCAACAAUAGAAGCAACAGCGCUGGCCACAACGAGCGCGUCGCUUGUGGAUCUGGAUGGGGAUGGGGAUGUAGAUGUGGAUGUGGAUGUGGACGAAGAUGAAUGUAGGUGCUUUAACUAUAACGGUGAUAUUAGUGCGCUGGAUCGACUGACGGAGCGCCUUCAGACGGAACGCAAGUGGUAUGGACUUCCUAGCAACAUUACGUGGCUAAAAUUAUGGCAGCAGCUGCUACUUGUGCUGCUGGGCAACGUGAGUGCAGCAGCAACAACAACGAAUAGAAUGACACGCAGACAGGAGAAGCAGCAGCAGCAGCAGCCAGCAGAAUUUGUGGCAAGCUGUAGCAGCAGCGGCAACAACAACAGCAUGAGGUCGACGAAAAGUUGGCUGGCUCCAUUGAUGCUCACACUGCUGUUGGCCACGUCCGUUGGUGCUUGGGGCGGGCGUCAAGAUGCUCCCACAAAUUGCACGUUUCCGGCUCGCUGGGAGGGCUCCUGGUUCUUAUCAGGCUAUCAGCAAUCUAUACACAUCAAGGGAUCACAGUUCAGCUACCGGGGCAGGUGUGCGGCCUCAGAUGGUAACAAAUAUCUGAUAGUGGAUGAGAAAGGAUGUCAUCGUUGCCUGGUUAUCUAUGAGAAGCAUAAAAAUGUGCUCCAGUAUAAAGAAAGUGAGUGCGAAGGUGAUAGUAUGUAUAUGCAUCAGUCGAACCCAUCUGCACUGGCGAUGCGUAGCUCUAUUAAACAAAGUGAUCAUAGGGGGGGAGCUCAUCCCAAUACGAACGGGCAUUCAAGACUAUCUUCAUCGGAUCAGUACAUAAUGAGAUCCAAUGACGAUAUGAAUGAUUACUUUUGCAAGGGCCGUGAGACUUUACAGAAUCUCUGCGACCAAAUACCGGGGGAUGCUUUGCUAUAUUCGCUUUUCCGCGAAAGCGCGGAACCGGUUAAGUGCCCCCUAAAGGGCCCGUUUAUAUUUACCUAUAAUCGCGGCCACGGGGAGUGCAAGUCGCCGGUGUCCAACAUUGAGAGUUGCACCGAAGAAAGUCGCCUUCUGCUGAGUUUUCAAGCUUGUCCCGACGUGCAGGGUACCGAGAGCACGGUCGAGGAGCUGACCUGCCUGGCAACCUGGAAGGAUGGCAACUCACGUUACUUGGUGGGCCUGGUCUCGCAUCAUCAUGCCAUUUCGAAUGAGGAACGUUAUCGCUGUUUUGUGUACGAGAAAAUCUCCUCGCUGAUGGGCGGUCCUAGCAUGCUGAGCUCCAAAGAUGCCGAGUAUAAGCUCGCGCAAUCCGGCGACGCCACUUGCAAUGGCUUAGACAGCGCCGAGGUCGGGUCGCGUAUAAUGUCGCUGCGGAAACCGCCUGUGGCGGAACGCUGUGAUUUUCCAGCCUGGUUCAAGGGUCCGCGACAUUGGCAUGCACUUAUGGGCAAUGCCGUCUACAAUUAUCAUGCCAAUGACGGCUCCGUGCACAUUAUUAAGCCCAACGGCUACAUGGAGACACGUGCGCUUUGCGAGCAGAUAAAUAAACAAACCUCAACCGAAAUGAUGGCUGUGGUGCAUUACACCACCGGCUGCCAAUCGGGCUUUAUGUGCAUGAUGUUCUACCGUCGGGACACGCACGUCAUUGAGAUACAAACGGGCAAGCCUGCAAUACGCCUCGAGGAUGCUUGUGCUCCGGAUCACUUUGACUUCAAUAAGAUGUCCUACAUAACAUUGCUGGCGAGCAAUCCGGAGCUACAUAUUUGCCCAAUGGAGGGGAUGUACAAUUUACGUGGAGCAAUUGGACCUCCUUACGUGGUUACGCGCCACAAGCGCAAUCACAAUGGCAAAUCACACCUUGGACAUGGGCAUCAUCAUCACGAAAGCGCCGACUCUGGCUCAUUUGGUCACAAAGGGCACAGCUCAUUAAGCUUUCGCAAUGCCGAGCGCAUGGAGCGGGGCUCUUGGCAUGGCAAUACUCGCGGCUUGCCUGUGCGUAGCCGACGGAACGCACCACCGCAGGCGGAGGCGGAGGCACUGCAACAGGCUUUAGUGUUAAACAACGACACUAGUGUUGGGUUUAUAGCCAGCAGAAAUCGCCGUGAUGUGCCAGCCUGUGUGACCAAUUACAACGCGCAACGACAGCUGCAGAUUGGCUGCUCCGAGGCCAAUGUCAUUGAUGUGAGUCCACUGUGCAGUGUGGAUGGAGAAGAAGAGUACUCCUGUCAUGGCUCUUGGAGCGAGAAUAGUACCUACUACAUUAUUGCACGGCACAAGGGCACGAAGCAUGGAGUUUGCAUUACCUAUCGCCCCACGGAGGGUAACGCUGCCAAGCUGGUUGUGGGCGAUGCGUGUUAUCGCGGCACACAAAAGCCACCAGAUCAUCAUCUAGUAACAAAUUUGUCAGUUUUUGGUAAAUGUGGAGAAACGGGCUCGAGUGCUAGUUGUCCGAAACAAUUGGUCAACUGGCUGCUGUCGCUGGGCAUAUCAUUGUGGGUGGUGCUGCUAAGCUGAGUGGCCAACUGAGUUGAACAACUUUGGGAUUGCACGCACAACUAUUUGCACUAGGGGCAAUAGAGGGCCCGAUAAACAGACAUAAGCAGACAUAUGUAGGCAACAAGACACUUAUCCCAAAACCACAACCAAACUCCCAUUCUGAUGAACAUGUAUACAAGACACAUAAAGACUUAUUGUAAAUUACAUAUUAUAAUAUGUAAGGCAUGAAAGCAAACAGUUUUAAAUAUGCUGUAUAUAACUUAUUUGUUUUUCAUUAUUUUUAUUAAAAUGCGAUGUUUUGUUUAGUUUUAAGUGCUUUAACUCAAUAUAAACUCAAUUCACUAAAAACGAAUACAAUAUUUAUAAACUGAAAAAUGGUUUGCAAUAAAGCCUUAGAGCAAGCGCUAAAAAUGCAACAGAAAUAUAUAAAACAUGCAACAUAUGCGAAAUUGUAAAAGAAAACUGCUAUUUAUUUAUAAUAGAAUUAUGCAUAAAAAGGCAAAAAUUACAAAUUACGAAUAUAAAGCAAUCAUAACAACUGCAUAUACGAUUACAAGCUUUAAGCUUUUUUCGUUCGGUGUGCUUAAAAAGUGUUUUAUGCAUUUAUUUUUCUAUAUCAUUUCCAAAAUGUUUCCUACAUCAAAAGUACACACAUACACACAGAAAUACUAACAAACAAACAAACAAACAACAAAAUAUAGUAACUAUAUAGCUACAUACAUAUAUGUAAGAUAUAUGUACAGCAGCAGUAUGUAUUGUUCAAUUAGGUUUUGUAUUGCUUUGAAAAUGUACAAACUACAUUAGCCUAUAUUUUUAUGUACAGUGCGUACAGCCAGAAGAGAUACAGAGAGUGAAAGGAGUUGAGGAGAAUGAAUACAUUUUGCAUAGGAUCACAUUGGUUUCAUAAUACAUAAUUAAUACCUUGCAAAAUAUGCAUACUCGUACAUACAUAUUUGAUUCAUUAUAGCUAUAUAUACAUAUAUAGAAAGUAAAGCUUAAGUGGAAGUAACGUAAUAAAUUAACGAUAAUGCAUUCGAUUAAAUUAUUUAAGUAGAAGCACACUCACUGACAAGACAAACGACUUCAUAAUCAAUCAACUUAUUUCUAAAGACAACCAAAAUAAACCAAAAGACAAAAACAAGAUGAGUUACAAAACAACAAAUGCUAAACAUAAUUAGAGUGUAUAAGGCAAUUAAGCGGUGAUAUAGGUCUAGAAUAAAAAACUGUAAAAAACUCUUACGAAAGCGCAACAACAACAACAACAACAACAACAGCAAGCAUUGAAAAGAUAUUGUGUACAUCCUAAGGAUUUCAAGAAUUACCAUUUUCCUUCGAUUACAUAGCGUUUAAAGCAAGAAAACCAAGAAAAAAUAUUAAGAACAUAAAACAUUUUUGCCCUAAUUGAAAAUUAACUAAGUACGAGUAACUAAUGAUUCCGAAUGCAUACAUAAUUAUUAAAUAGAUAACUAGUCAAAAUUUAUACAAAAUCCAUGUAAAUAGCAAAUGUUAUGCGAAUUGAAAAUCUAAGCAUUCAACAAGUUUAAUAAUUUCGAACAAAUUGUACGCGGUGUAGAAAUAUGUAACUAAUUGCUAGUUAGCUAAAACGUAUUUGAGCAAGCAUGAGAUGACUACACAGAUACAAAAUGGGCGUGCAGCAAAUAAGAGUUACUUCUAGGUAUACAUACAUACAUACAUGUAAUGCGAUAUGCAUAAUGAGACACACACACAAACAAAAUCUAUAUAAAUGACAAGUAGCCGCAAGUACUUCACACUAUAGAGCUCGGAACUAUAUAUAUAUAUACAGGCAAUAGCUGUACUCCAAUUCCACUUGGUGAGUGCUUGAGGCAGGACAAAUCAAUAAAGUUUAUUGUUUGAACGCAAUUGCGACAGUACACAACAUAGCUAUGAUAUGCAUAAGUGUACUCGUACCUAAGGAUAGGUAUUUCAAUUUGUUGUCAGCUUUUAAUAAGUAAAUACUAUGUAAUAACAAAACAAAAAAUAAAUGGAAGCAAUUGCAUUUUAAAGAACCCCCAUGAAGCCUCAAAUAUUGAACAACAAUUUUCACUGCGCAAGCCAAUUUCAUAGUUAAUGUCUGAUUUUGUAAAUAUACAUAAACGCUUCGACAGUUUGUUUUGCAAUUGUUAAACUUAACUACAUUCUCAUAAAUGAACUAACUAUACUUCCGUUAUUUAUCUUGCCAUAAACAGUUCGUGUAUUAAGUUCUUCACAGCUCUCCAGAAGUACAUAUAAAGCAAAUUCAGAAAAAAGAAAGAAUACUACAAAAUCAUAUAUAACAUAAUCCUAAUGUGUAUUUUUGUAAAUAAUUAAUGCAAUGCUUGAAUUUUACCCAAUUUUUUGCAUAUGGCCAAUUGGAAUCAUGUGUAAGCGGCCACGCCCAACAAUUACCAUGUCUGCGAUUCCGACCAUUGGAAUCCAUUUGAUUGUGAACGCUAAGCAUUAGUAAUAAGAGAUUUUUAUAUUCAAAACGAUUUUAUAAAUCAAUUCAUUUUAAUUGUCUAUUUUAAUGAACACAACACUGUAAACAAGUAACUUUAGUUGAUGGUUAAAUGUGUGUAAAAAAGCAAAAACGAAAAAAAAACAAAAGUAAUUUCUGGAAUUUGUUUGUCAAUAAUUAAAUGUUUUGAUUCCUAUGUUCAGAUAACUUAAUUGUUUCAGUUCUUAAGCCAACAUAAAUA